CGGGAAACCACGGAAUUUACUGCCGGAAGUGCGGCGGCCAUAGCCAAAGAGUGUAGACUCGGCUAGCAAGCUAGAGGGGCUCGUUUCCGCCCCGCUACCGGGCGGGGGCGGCCAUCUUAGGUGCGUGCAAUUAAGGGCUGUGGCGGGAUUGGCUCCGCGUUUGGGCUGCUCCGCUCCUCCCCACCUACUGGGGUCGUAUCCGGAGCCCUUCCCCGCGGGGCGGGGAUCCCCAAACAGCCGACUCCUUUUCAGGGGAAGGGUGACUCGGCUGAAGAAACACUUAAAUUCUGGAAAUAGCGACUCAGUAUCAUGGCCAGCAGUCUUAAUGAAGAUCCAGAAGGAAGCAGAAUCACUUAUGUGAAAGGAGACCUUUUUGCAUGCCCCAAAACAGACUCUUUAGCGCACUGUAUCAGUGAGGAUUGUCGCAUGGACGCUGGGAUAGCUGUCCUCUUCAAGAAGAAAUUUGGAGGGGUGGAAGAACUUUUAAAUCAACAAAAGGAAUCUGGAGAAGUGGCUGUUCUGAAGAGAGAUGGGCGAUAUAUAUAUUACUUGAUUACAAAGAAAAGGGCUUCGCACAAGCCAACUUACGAAACCUUACGGAAGAGUUUAGAGGCAAUGAAGUCUCAUUGUCUGAAGAAUGGAGUCACCGACCUCUCCAUGCCAAGGAUUGGAUGUGGUCUUGAUCGUCUGCAAUGGGAAAAUGUAUCUGCGAUGAUCGAGGAGGUAUUUGAAGCAACAGACAUCAAAAUUACUGUGUACACACUUUGAAUCAAUAUUUGGAUGUUUCCAUGUUCUCCUCUGUCAUCUCUACCAGGCCAUAGGACUGGGCAAACCUACGUUAAAAUCGGCAGAGGAAAGUUUCGUGGGAAGUAAUCUGUUUCACAAGACAGACUUUGGUUGCUGUAUUCAAGUAUUUGGACUAGGACUGUGGAGGAGGGGUUGCUUAUGAUAUAUUGCUGUGUUUUUUUGCAAUAAAGUAAGGAGUGGGUGGCCCGAUAAUAGGCCUGGAAACUAGAUUGUUGGGACUGUGACCUUUGUUUUGCUCCAGUAUGCUACCUGAUUUGUUUGGCUGGCCGCUAGGUGGCAGCAUUGGUUCUACAUCUCUGCUUUUAAAGAGAAAUUUCAGGAAAGAUGAUCAUUCCAGUUUGGCAUUUUUUUGUCGUUUGUGCACAUAACUUGGUGUUAUCCUUAUGUCAUCAGAAUCCUCUGAGGGGAGACUUUUCAUUUUAAUUGCACAAUUCUACAUUGCUAACAAAAAAUUUGUGGUGAUAAAAAAAUGGAAAAAUAAAUCUUUGGGGGAUUUAG